AUGGGGCCCGGCUACGUCGGCCCUGUUUGCUUUGGGGCAGGGAUGACAUUUCGGGUGGCUCACGGCGUGCCUCGCCACCCACCCCUCCCCUCCUGCCCGGGGAUAAAAUCCCCCAGGGCUGCUGCCCAGCUCCCCGGAGGGUCCGAGCCAGCGCCCGCUGCCGUGCUGAGCUCCUGCGGGGACACAGUGAAGGGACAGAUGGGACCGUCAAGGACGCUGAGGCUUGGCCUGCUGGGCUGCCUGCUGCUUGUCCCCUGGCUGCACGGGCAGGAGCCGGCUGCCUGCGCCUGGGGCUGGGUGCCCUUUGAGGAUGGGUGUUACGGCUUCUUCCCCCGUGAGCUGAGCUGGAGAAGGGCAGAGGCCUUUUGCCAGCGCUUUGGCACGGGCACCCACCUGGCCUCGGUGCACAGCGUGGAGGAGCACCGCGCCAUCAUCGCCCUGCUCUCCUCCUCCCACUCCAGUGAGGACAGCGAGGAGGAGGAGGACUGGGAUGACGGCAUCUGGAUCGGCCUCCACCGUCCCCUGGGGAGCCGCCACUGGCAGUGGUCGGACAGCUCGGAGGUGAACUAUGGGUCCUGGCACCGGCAGCCCAGCCCCAGGAGGAGAGCCUGUGCCGCGCUGCAGGAUGCCGCCGAUUUCAUGAUGUGGUACAGCGACACCUGCGCCGACAGAAAACCCUUCAUCUGCAAGUCCAGCGCCUAGAGCUGCGGGCAGCCCCCCGGCACCGGCCCCGCUGCUCCUCCU